UCAGAGAGCAUCGCAAGCUCCAACCAUGAAGUUCUUUGCUCUGUUCGCUUUCCUGCUCCUCGCUCUGGUCGCCGUGCAGGCUACCCCCGGCCGUGGAGGACCAGGUGGUGGAGCUGGUGGCGCCGCCGGAGGCAGUGCCUCGGCCACUGCCAAUGCCAAUGCUCAGGCUUUGAGCUCAGGAAAUGGACCCGCUUCUGCCACGGCCAAUGCCAACGCUGCUGCCACUUCCCAGGGCGGUUCCGGCGGUUCCGGCGUUAUACACUGA